CUGAAACGUUCAGCUAACUUUUAGGCAUCUGAAACUGAUUUUUUAGUAUCGCUUGUGAAGAAGCACAAAUCAGUAAUAGAAUGUAUGAAAACCGAUACCGUAAAUGCAAAAAUGAAAAAAGAAGCAUGGAUCAUUAUUCAAGAUGAGUAUAAUAGCCAGUCCAUUGAAAAUCUCCGUACGGCACUAAUCUUGAAAAAUAAAUAUAACAACGUCAAGCAAGUAGUAAAAAAGCAUUGUGCCGAUGAAAGGGUAUUCCGUCGGGGCACUGGAGGUGGACCAACUAGAUUGUUUCCUGAAUCAUCAACUGCUACGACAGUAGGAGAAAUGUUACAAACUAAGAUGACAGGUGAACCUACAGUUUUUGAUUCAGACUAUGUUAAUGAUACGUGGGAAACUAAUCUGAUGGAAAAUGAAAACAAUGACUGUUUUAAUGAUGAACAAAUUAUAACUGUCAAUUUUGAAGACCCAGAGGAAAGUGAAUCAGUAUGCACACCGCAUAUAUCAGCAUAUUUAAAAUCUACACCACCUUUAAUAGCCACUAGUACUUCUGCAGCUUCAGGGGGUAUGCAUUUUUUUAAUAAAUUAUACAUUAAAACAUGUUAGGUAACACUAGAACUGUUAAAAAAUUAACAAUUGGUAUAUAAUUCAUAAGAAUACCAAAUAUAGAUCAUAAUAAAUUUGUCUGCAUUAUUUUGAAAUAUUGUU